CCUAGACAGCAUCUUAAAAAGCAGAGACAUCACCUUGCCAACAAAGGUCCGUAUAGUUAAAGCUGGUUUUCCCAGUAGUGAUGUAUGGAAGUGAGAGCUGGACCAUAAAGAAGGCUGAUUGCCAAAGAAUAGAUGCUUUUGAAUUAUGAAUUAUGGUGCUGGAGGAGACUCUUGAGAGUCCCAUGGACUGCAAGAAGAUCGAACCUAUCCAUUUCUUUCUUUGGCGAUCCCUCCUAGCCGAGUAAGAUUGUCUUCCAUGGACACGGUAUUUCCCCUGGAAAAUACCGUAGGGACACUUGGAAAGUUGUUGUUGCUUUGAAACAGGCGCGCGCACAGUGGUCUUUCCUCUAAAUCUCCCGGUCUGGGGCUUUCCAAGAGUCCGGCUCCUCCUCCUCUGGAGCAGCUCAGGGGCCGGCUGACUCACACCCGGAGCAGCAACCGCAGGAGAAGAAGACGAACGGGUUGUGAGGAGGAGGAAGAAGAGGGAAAGGGCGGAGCCGACAAAGGGUUUUUAAGAGCCGCCCGACUCGCCCCCGCCGUGCGCACUCCGCCUUGCCGUUGCGCACUCCGCCUUGCCAUUGCGCACCGCCCGGCACCUCUCCUCGCCAUGGCUCCCGGCUGGCUCCUGUCGUCGAUUGCCGCUUUCUGCUGCCUGGGGGUCACGGCGGGCAUCGCCCUGGGGGGCGCCCCUUGCGACUACCCCCCGCACCAGUGGUGCGGCUCCAGCGAGAUCGCGCUGGCUUGCAAGGCAGAAAAGCACUGCGCCCGGCUGAGCUCCCCCCGGAAAAAAGCAGAGCCCGUCUCCGUCAGCCUCUACUACGAGAGCCUCUGCCCCGCCUGCCGGUCCUUCCUGGUCUUCCAGCUCUUCCCUACCGCGCUUUUGGUGGGCGAAGCCAUGAAUAUCACCCUGGUCCCUUACGGGAACGCAAAGGAGAAAAAGGGUCCCUCCAAGUGGGAAUUUGAAUGCCAGCAUGGCCCUGAUGAAUGCCUGGGCAACCUGAUGGAGGCCUGCCUCAUCCACCUGCUCGGCGACGAGGGGAGCUACUUACCUCUCAUCUUCUGCAUGGAGUCAGGCGCCAGCGUCACCCAGAAUUUGGAAACGUGCAUGAAGUUGUACCCGCCGAGAGAGGUCUCCCUUGCCAACGUCACGUCUUGUGUGAGCGGAGACCUGGGCAAUAAGCUUAUGCACCAAAACGCGCAGCUCACCGAUGCUCUCCGCCCACCCCACAAAUAUGUGCCCUGGAUCGCUGUCAACGGGAACCACACGGAAGAACUCCAGGGUGAAGCGCAAUCCAACCUCCUGGGUGUCGUCUGUAAGCUGUAUAAGGCAAGUGCUUGUCGAAUGAUAAUAAUAAUAAUAAUAAUAAUAAUAAUAAUAAUAAUAAUUAUACUCCACCCAUUUGGCUAGGUGUCUCCCAUCUCUUUCCCCUCCAGAGGGCCACUCCUAGCUGUGGGUCGUCGUUGCCCUCCCACAAUGGAUUUGGGACAGUGUGGGGAGGGCCAAGGAUCCACUUUGGGGGUGGGUCACUUUCCCCUGCCUCUUUUGUUUUUGCUUUAAUCCCCCCCUUUUAAUUUUCAAAUUAAAUUUCCAAUAGUUCCACAUACAAUUUUUGUUUUUGCUUUAAUUUACCCCCCUUUAAUUUUUAAAUUAAAUUUCCAGAAAUUCCAUAUACAAUAUUUUUUGCUUUAAUUCCCCCCUUUAAUUUUAAAAUUAAAUUUCCAGAAAUUCCACAUACAAUUUUUUUUUGCUUUCAUUUCCUCCCCUUUAAUUUUAAAAUUAAAUUUCCAGAAAUUCCACAUAUAAUUCCACAUACAAUUUUUUUGGUUUCAUUUUACAAUUCAAUUUUUAGAAUAUACAUUUUUUUUUUUUUGCUUUAACUCCCCCCCCCCUGAAUUUUAAAAUUAAAUUUCCGGAAAUUCCACGUACAAUUCCAAUGCACUUUUUAAAAUAGAAAAUAAAUUCUUUUGCAUUAUUUACUAUUCCCAUCCCAUUUACUGUGAUAGGUGAAACUCGGAAAAUUAGAAUACCGUCGAAAAGUGCAUUUAGUUCAGGAAUGCAACUUACUAUUUUUAAAUUUUCCUUUUAAUUUUUACAAAUGCUUUCUUUUGGAAAUUCCACAGUAAGAAAACAAAUAGUUACAAAAAUACAAAAAUAAACAUCGCUAUGACAUUUCAUUAAUGACAUUCCAUUUAUAAUUGACCCGCCUAACGACAAAUAAUUACAAUGACAACAAAUAAAGGCUUGAAAUAUCUUGCUUUGCAUGUCAUGCAUCUAUCUCAUAUAUUGGUUUCUCCUUUUAAGUUGCGUUACUGAAAUAAAUGCACUUUUCGACGAUAUUCUAAUUUUCCGAGUUUCACCUGUAUAUCCGCCCCCCCCCCACUUUGCGGAACCCUGGUCUCCCCUCUUUUUAUAUCCCCUAAUCCCGUCGCAAUGGCCUCUUAGGCUGAGGAUGCCCUAUAACAGGCACCUCCAAACUUCGGCCCUCCAGAUGUUUUGGACUACAAUUCCCAUCUUCCCUGACCACUGGUCCUGUUAGCUAGGGAUCAUGGGAAUUGUAGGCCAAAACAUCUGGAGAGCCGCAGUUUGGGGAUGCCUGCCCUAUAAGGACCCUGUGGGGGGGGGGUGCCACAGAGAGAGAGAGAGACAGAGAUGGGGGAGAGAAAGGGGGAAAUGAUGGGGCAGAAAGGAAACUAUGUGCUAGGCUGCCUCUUAGGGCCAUGGGUUCGAAUCCUACUUUGGGCAAAAAGAUCCCUGCAUUUGCAGGUGGCUGGAAUAGAUGUCCCCCUGGGGGUCCCUCUGCGAUUUUAUUAUUUAUUUCCCCCCUUCUGUCCCUGCAGGGAGAGCAGCCUCCCGCCUGCCAGCACAAAGGGAGCUCCUUGCCUGCCUCCCCGCAAGAUGCCUGCUUGAAAAUCUAGCUCCUCUCUCCCCACCACGCCUGUCUCUGGGGCUGGGGCUGGGGCUGUCCGUCCCCCCCC